AUGGCAUCCCUGAACCUCUCUGCCAACGGUCCAUCGAUAUCGAAAAGCUACCAGUCGGUAGUCAACGCAUCACCUUCCACCGGCAAAGCGGCAUCGCCAACCUACGGCUAUUGGGCGGUCUUUUCCGUUUCAACCCCGCUGGUCAAUGCCUUCCAACAAGAUGCUGGGAACAAAGAGAGUGUGCUGAAAGUCCAAAGCACAGGAGACGGUGAAUUGGAAGAGCUCAUCGAGGAAUUCUCCGAAGGCCGAGUGCAAUUUGCCUACGUGAAGGUGACAGACCCCAACACGGGGUUGCCUAAGAAUGUUCUCAUUGCGUGGUGUGGCGAAGGUGUGCCGGAACGGACAAAGGGGUACUUUACCAGCCACCUUUCCAGCGUGUCCAGAUUCUUACAUGGGUACCAUGUCCAAAUCACAGCCCGGGCGGACGGCGACCUCUCUCCCGAGGGCAUCGUUCAAAGAGUGGCAGACUCUUCGGGCUCCAAAUACUCGAUCGAAUCCCAGGCACCCGUGGCUUCGACUACAUCCACGUCCGCCGGUCCUCGACCCCCGGUCGCCAGUAAGCCGGUAUUCACCCCCACCCGAUCGAGGGGGAUUGCCCCGAAUCCGGUCCCUCGCGCCGCGCCUGCUGCCCCCUCCGGUGCCAAUGUCGAUGACGAUGGCUGGGGUCCUGAUGCUCCACCAGUGACUCGCACGCAACUCGAGAAAGUGCAACCCGCGUACCAACCUACCCGAGUGAACCUGCAACAACUGAAGUCGGAGAACCAAUCCCCGGGCCGCCAAGACGCUCCGGCCUCCAGCGAGGACAAGGGCGGUGUGGUUCGAGGAGGUUACCAGCCCAUUGGAAAGGUCGAUAUUGCAGCGAUUCGGAAACAAGCUGCUGAAACCGGCCAGCUCAAGGACGAUCGACCCGCCCCGGUGAAAGGAGCGUAUGAGCCAAUUGGCAAGAUCGAUAUUGCUGCCAUUCGUGCCAGGGCACAGAAGCCCAAAGAGGCCGCUGAUACGGGAUCCUCUGGCGAUGCUCACAGCCCCGUGUCUCGCAAUGAGCCGACGACGCUGCCCGAGCGGCCGGCUGAAAACCAGAACGCGGAACGCCUCACUAACCUUCCGAAGCCUAAGAUUGCCAACAAGUUCGGCUCGGGUCCUUCUUUCCCUGGCACGAAGCCGCCUCUACCUGCGGAACUGGGUGCCUCGUCCGACAACGCCCCCGUACAGGUUGGUAGCGCCAGCCGAACUUUCGCGGAUCAAGGAGGCAAGACUCCAGCCCAGCUGUGGGCGGAGCGAAAGGCCAAGGAGCGUGGAGAAGCCCCCCAAGCAGCAGAUACGACUUCGCAAUCCAUUCAAAGCCAGUACAGCGGCCAGGGCGAAUGGAAGAGCUCUUACUCUGGCAAGACAUGGGCCACGGUCCAAACGGCCCAGAAUCCACCUAGCUCGCCCUGGGCUGCUGAUGUAACAGCUCCUGAACUUUCAGAGCCCCAGAAGGCAGAGGCGGAGCCGGUAUCACACGUCCACGAUAUCCGCAGCCAAUUUGCCCAGGACCCUGCGCCGCCGAUUCCCCAAAUUAGUCGUCCUGUCCCGCUCCCUGGUCUGCCUAACCGACCAGAUGAGUCCGAGCCCGAGCCCGAGCCCGGGCCCGAGCCCGAGCCUGAGAUCCAGCAGGUUCUGCCCACGCCGCCGCCGCAGCCACGCUCGCCGACUCCCCCCACCCCUCCGGUCCGAGAGAGCUCGCCUAUUCGGGUAGCGAUGCCGGUUGGUCGUAGUGUGACAGAUGCCCACGAGGAACAGCACGCCCCACCCCCGGCGGUACCCGUCCAGAGCCUUCAAGAUGUUGUUCCGGAUGAGAAGGACCUGGAGGACGAUACUCAUCACGAUCUUGGUCGGGCUGCCGCCGAAGCUGCCAUCGGCGAACAAUCUGCCGCUGGGAUCCGGGCCAUUGUUCAAUAUGACUACGACAAAGCCGAAGACAACGAGAUUGAGCUCCGGGAAGGCGAACAGGUGACCGACAUUGAAAUGGUCGAUAAGGACUGGUGGUUGGGAGUCAAUGUUCGCGGCGAACGAGGUCUCUUCCCUGGCAACUACGUCGAAGUUGUCGACAACGACGAUGUUGAUGCUGCAGCUGGCGCUCACCACGCCCAAGAGCCCGUGGCGGAGCCUGCGCCAGAGCCAGCGCCAGAGCCUGCGGUAGCCCCCGUGCAACCCGCCUCGGCAAUCAAUGGCGGCUCUAACCACCCGACUGCGACCGCGGUCUAUGACUACGAGGCCGCGGAGGACAACGAGAUUAGCUUCCCCGAAGGAGUGAAGAUUGUGAACGUGGAAUUCCCCGACGACGAUUGGUGGCUUGGAGAAUAUAACGGAGCCCGAGGACUGUUCCCGGCCAAUUAUGUCGAGUUGGAUAAAUGA